AUGAUCGCUGCUCUUCGCCCUACCGUUAGAGUCCUUGGAAAGUCCGCCCUGCGUGCGGCACCGAAGCCAUUCGCGGUACCUGCGAUGCGAGCUGGUUUUGCUUCUAGCGUCCGACUCUGUGGUGUCCAGAAGCGUUUCACCGAGGAGCACGAAUGGGUUUCAUUUGAUGAUGCCACCAACAUUGGCACCGUUGGCAUCACUGACUAUGCGCAAAAGUCAUUGGGCGAUGUCGUCUUCAUUGAGCUCCCAGAGGCUGGUGCUCAGGUCACGAAGGGAGAUGACAUUGGAGCUGUCGAGUCUGUGAAGGCCGCUUCCGACAUCUACGCACCUGUCUCCGGACAGAUCGAGGCUGUCAACAAGAAGCUCAACGAUGAGCCAAGCCUUCUCAACAAGCAGCCCGAGAGUGAUGGCUGGCUGUGCCAGAUCAAACUCUCGAACCCUGCCGACUUUGAGACUCUCCUCACUGCCGAGGCUUACCAGAAGAUCUGCGAGAACUGA